AUGGCCCCGAUCCUCAACCGCAGUAACCUAGGCGCCAUCGCCUUCGCUGACGGCAACGGCGACCACAUCCGUAUCUACUACCAGGAUGCUGAGGGCUACAUUAGGGAGACCUUUUACGACAACGGCAAUGGCUGGGCUCAGCGACCUGAGGACGUUAUCGGCAAGGGCAAGCUCAACACAGGCAUCGCCGCCAUCGCAUGGGCCAACGGAACCCAGCGCUGCUACUCGGGCGGUGCCGCUGGCGGCUGGUACGACGGGGCCCUGACAAGGGCCAGGUUCCAGGCCGCCCCCUACUCACAGGUCGGCGCUGUGCCUUUCAGCGUCGACAACGCCGACAUCCGUGUCUACUACCAGGACAAUGAGAACAAGGUGGCAGAGGCAGUUCUCCAGCCGGCGACCGAGACUUGGGUCAAGGGCAACCUCGACCUGCCGCCCGCCAUCCCCGGCACGAGCAUCUCGGCCGUGUCAUCCGCCAACCGCCCGAACCAGCGGGUUUGGGUGUACUAUCAGCUGGCCAACACCCAACCUGUCGAGUACGUCCUGCAGCCGCAACGCGGCUGGGUGGUCGGUGGUUAUAACCCCAGCGGCACCUUUGCCCCGGGCGCUUACAUCUCGGCGGUUCACUGGGGCGACUACAAUAUCAACGUCUUCGCCGUCAACGACCAGAACACGGUCGUCAGGACGGCCUGGACCAAGGCCGGGUCAUGGCAGGGCACGACGGCCCUCCAGACCGUCAUCACCGACGCACCUGUUGCGUCGAUUCACGUCCCCACGAUGGCAGACUGGAUCCGCGCCUACACCCAGCCGUCCGGCCAGCUGAUCAGCGAGCUUGGUUCCAAUGACGGCGGUGCCUCGUUCGUCACCAUGCAAUCCACGAUCCCUGUUGACCGUUGA